AUGGCGACCAUAAUCACCAUCCUCCAACGCCUAGCUUCGCCGCCAAAGCAAACCCUCCGCACGCUUCAACCCACCCCCUCCACAGUUUCGUACACCGUUUCAACGCGCCCAGUCCCGAAGACGCUCCCGGCGAUUCUGGGCUUCUAUAUAGGAAUCCCGGUGCGCAUAUUGAUUGGAAUUGGGACAUUAGAGCAACUUGUUAAAGUUGCAGACAUGUCGCAAUGGAGAUAUUUAGCUCCCGGAGCUCUCCUCGUUCUCUAUCUAGUAUUCCAUCGAGGCUACACCGAAGAAUCUCUCACCGUGCUGCGCGGUCUCGGUCUCCAAACAUCCACGGCGUCCUCGCUGUAUCUUCGAACCCCGACCACACGCUUCAUACCCACGACGAGUAUCCAGGACAUCUUCAUACAUGAGGCGUUCAGGGGAUUUGAAGUACGAUUUUAUCUGGCGAUCGUGGUCAAGAGCGAAGAAGAAGUUGUGGUUGUGUUUCCAAGGCUGCUGCCAAGGAGGGAUAUAUUAGAGGAGGUUUGGAGAGGGGCGAGAGCGUGCUUGUAUGAGGGGAUGGCGGUGAAGAAGAGGGAGAAAGAGAAGGAAGGGGUGGAGUCGUAAAGAUUGGAGAUAGCAACGCUGAAUAUUGAUCAUUAUAAUACCCUUCUGAGGCGCUCCGAAGUCUAACAAAGCCCAUAAGCAAGCAGUCUAAGAAUCUGUGGUGCAAUCGUACCUUCGCAUCCGAUUAGCCAUCCUUCCAGCCUCAUAUUUUCGACCGUCUCGACGCCGUCUUCGAACUCAUCCAUGACCGAACAUAUAAGCAGUAG